CCGCCGGCCGCCGGCUCGCGCGCUCGGCGCUCCGCCCCCUUUCCCCCCCCCUUAUAAAUAGCGCGCCCCCCGCGCGCGCCCCCUCAGACCCUCCGCGCCCCCCGCGCCGUGAGGAGCCGCCGCCGCCAUUAUGGGGAGGAAGUCGAGCAGGGCCAAGGAGAAGAAGCAGCGGCGGCUGGAGGAGCGCGCGGCCAUGGCAGCCGUGUGUGCCAAGGUGGAGGCUGCCAACAAACUCCGGGAUCCCCUCGAGGCCUUCCCGGUGUUCAAGAAGUACGACAGGAACGGGCUGGACGUGUCCAUCGAGUGUCGCCGCGUGUCCGGCCUGGAGCCGCCCACCCUGGACUGGGCCUUUGAGCUGACCAAGGCCAACAUGCAGAGCCUGUACGAGCAGAGCGAGUGGGGCUGGAAGGAGCGCGAGAAGCGCGCGGAGCUGCGGGACGAGCGCUCCUGGUUCCUGCUGGCCCGGGAGGCGCCGGGCGCGCGGCCCGUGGCCUUCUGCAGCUUCCGCUUCGACGUGGAGUGCGGCGACGAGGUGCUCUACUGUUACGAGGUGCAGCUGGAGAGCCGCGCGCGGCGCCGGGGCCUGGGCAAGUUCCUGCUGCAGAUCCUGCAGCUCGUGGCCAACAGGUUCGAGGUGGACGCCUCCUCGCCGAGCGUGUCCGGCUGCUGCGGGGACGAUUCCUCCUACGAGAUCCUGAGCCGCAGCACGCGCUUCGGGGAGCCCCAUCCCGGGGGGGGCCCCUGCGCCGGCUGCUGCCACUGACACCCCAAAACCCCCAAAACCCCCAAAAC